UAAAAACACAUUUCUUUGACUUCAUCACAUCUUUGCUUUCUUCUGCCUUUUUAGUUGCUCUUAUUUUCUUUUGUAUUCUUAGGAAGAGAAAAACAGAGAGGAGAAGGAAAAAUGCAUUAUCAAGGUGAUUCUUGGGGCUACUGCAUGCCAAUGAGGAGCAUGGGGUCAGACCCAAUGGAGAGGGUUGUGAAGCUGGCCUCGGAGAGCGCCGUGGCGAUAUUCAGUGUGAGCAGCUGCUGCAUGUGCCAUGCUGUGAAGAGGCUCUUUAAUGGAAUGGGAGUGAACCCAACCGUAUACGAACUGGACCAGGACCCCAGAGGGAAAGAGAUGGAAAGGGCACUGAUGAGGCUACUUGGCAACUCACAAGCUGUUCCCGUUGUUUUCAUCGGAGGGAAGCUGAUAGGAGCCAUGGACCAAGUCAUGGCUUCCCAUAUUAAUGGAACCCUGGUACCACUUCUCAAGGAAGCCGGAGCUCUUUGGCUCUAAUUCUGACAAUAUUAUUAGAGAACUGUAUGCCUAAUUAAUU